AGAUCUGGGACGCAUGCAAACUAUUAGCCAAUCAAAUCGUGUAAAAUAAUCACAUGAUACAUUCUCGCGAAAUUUGAUAAAGUUCAAUUUUGAUAUUCUGUGCACACAAGUCACGAUGUCAGUCAAAAGGAAAUAUAUAAGUUUCACUUUAAACUUUGACUUUGAAACCCUAGCUGUGAGGAAGCCUGAUCGUGUAACUCAUUGUUAUGUGGACUACCGAAUCAACCAAUCACGCAUAGUGUUGUUUCUGAAGACGGCGCUUGCAGGACAUAUUUUGUUUUCAUUUCCACGAGUUCAAUGACGUAACUUUGAGGUGAUGCACAAUGUGAUGGCUGUCGUCAAGUGUUGCUGAUGUUUGACAUGGGAUGUGCUCUGUCAUCUUCACAGCACAACAACAAAGCAUCUGGUAACUCGGCUGGCCGAAAUAUACGCAUCAACAUAAUUGAACCAACAAGCAUUGGUGAACGCAGUGACAUAGCAUUACAGUCUCCAAGCUCUCAACCAAGUGAUUCUGGUGCUGCUUCCACAGAUACCCAACCUCAACACGAAAUACAGUGACACGUUCUGUAUCCAUAGAUACUCCACAUUGAGAAACCAUACAGUGACUCGUUUUGUAUCCAUAGAUACCCAACAUCAACGCUUAAAACUUGUUCAUAACUUCUGUACUGUGAUCUGUGUCUAAAGUGCAUACUUAACACAAGAAUUGUAAGCCACUUUUGUGUUGCACAAGACUUGAGAUGGCGAGCUCAACACCCAGACUGGAAGACGUGGUUAUUGCAUACUGUCCAUGUGACACAGAUUUUGUCAGGAAGUUAGCUGAUGCUUUGCGUGAAGCCAAGUUGUCUGUGUGGUAUGCCAGCCCCUCACUCCCACAUCACCAGGUGGGACAGCUCAAGAGUCAGGCAAUUCUGGGAUGCAAGGCAUUCCUGCCAAUAUUGUCAAAGGAUUCUGCAUCUGACAAGCAGCUGAAUGAUGAACUUGCCCUGGCCUACAUUUCUGACUCUGCUGUGUUCCCAGUUGGGCUCAGCACAUACCGGGACCUGGCUCCCAUUCUCAGUGGUGGAACGCGUUUAAUGUUAGCGAAAAUCAACUGGGUUUUUGUCUUCAAGGACACACUGUAUAGAGAAAAUGUACCCAAGUUGAUAGACUGCAUCAACAACAUUCUCCUCCAUCAUGAGAGAGAGGCUGCAACCACCCAGGACUUAGUGACUACACAUGGGAUGAAGAUCAACAUCAACUUUACCCAUGGCUUGGACUUUGCCACGGAGGAUCUGGGGGAGGAGGAUGUGACAGAUAACCCUGCCAAUCAACAAGCAUCACUGGCCAGAUCUGGUCUCAGCUAUGAUUUCUGGGACAGGCAUUUUGAAGGAAGAACAGAGGUACCAUGGAAAGACUUUAAAGAUGCAUUUGUGCUUGACUAUGGUGACAAGAUAGUUGAGCAGUAUUCUGAAGAUAAGAAGAAACUGUUUGUUAAUCUGAUGUAUAAGGAUAUCUUCGAUCUGAAGAAAACAGUCAGCAAGUUUGUGUAUAACCAGGCAUGCAGCAACAACAUGAAUGCUGACCCACACUGUUUCUACAACAGGAUUGAGGAGUACGCUAUUGCCUAUCUCUCACUGAGGGAAGUGAUUGGCAUGGACAGCACACUCCGCAUCACUACCAUACAGAGUUUGGGCAAGUUUUCCUUUCCUGCGAUUGUGAAUGGUUUGUCUGAUCUCCUUCAUGAUGAUGAUCCAAACAUCCGGGCAGUGGCUGCCAUAGCUCUUGCCAAAGCAGGCAAACAGAGGCGAGAAACAGUUGAUAAGCUGAUCAGCAUCAUGGAGGACGAGGAUCGACUGGUGAGGGAAAGUGCAUGCCUGUCUCUUGGAUACCUCAAGUCCCAGAGAGCUGUCUCCUACAUUGUAGACAGAUGGCGGAAUGACCCCAUCUCUACUGUGAGACAGGCUGCUGAACUGGCACUCAGCAAGAUGAAUGUCGAGGAAGCCCAGAAGUGUAUUCAAGUCACCAAAGUUCUGUCUGCAGAAAUGUCAGCUCUCAAACCUCAGCCAAAGAAGACUUGAGUUUGCCAUUGAAAUCUGCCCUGGGAUAAGUCAGUGAAAAUACUCACUUCCAUAUGAUGCCUUGCUGCCUGUAUGGUACCACAAGAACAUUUUUAAUCUCUUAACCUUUCAAUUAAUUCACUACAUGAUUCCUUUUUUUUCAAAGCCUGUCAUGUUUGGAAUAAGUCACCCGGCAUGUUUCUAGCCCUAACAUAUAGUUCUACCAGAUUAGUAUCUAAUGACCUUAAAUGUAGUUCAACCAGAUUAGUAUCAAAUGACCUAAAAUGUUGUUCUACCAGAUUAGUAUCAUGUGUUGUACUGUUGCCAUGUUAUAGGAAACAUUCCAUGAUAUGUAUUGUACUGUUGCCAUAUUACAGGAAACAUCCCAUAAGAUGUGUUUGUACUGUUGCUAUGUUAUAGGAAACAUCCCAUAAGAUGUGUAUUGUACUGUUGCCAUGUUACAGGAAACAUCCCAUAAGAUGUGUAUUGUACUGUUGCCAUGUUACAGGUAAUAUCACAUGAUAUGUAUUGUACUGUUACCAUGUUACAGGAAACAUCCCAUAAGAUGUGUAUUGUACUGUUGACAUGUUACAGGAAACAUUCCAUGAUCUGCAUUGUACUGUUGCCAUGUUACAGGAUACAUCCCAUAAGAUAUGUAUUGUACUGUUGCCAUGUUACAGGUAAUAUCACAUGAUAUGUAUUGUACUGUUGCCAUGUUACAGGAUACAUCCCAUAAGAUAUGUAUUGUACUGUUGCCAUGUUACAGGUAAUAUCACAUGAUAUGUAUUGUACUGUUGCCAUGUUACAGGAAACAUCCCAUAAGAUGUGUAUUGUACUGUUGCCAUGUUACAGGAAACAUCACAUGAUAUGUAUUGUACUGUUGCCAUGUUACAGGAUACAUCCCAUAAGAUAUGUAUUGUACUGUUGCCAUGUUACAGGUAAUAUCACAUGAUAUGUAUUGUACUGUUGCCAUGUUACAGGAAACAUCCCAUAAGAUGUGUAUUGUACUGUUGCCAUGUUACAGGAAACAUCACAUGAUAUGUAUUGUACUGUUGCCAUGUUACAGGAAACAUCCCAUAAGAUGUGUAUUGUACUGUUGCCAUGUUACAGGAAACAUCACAUGAUAUGUAUUGUACUGUUGCCAUGUUACAGGAAACAUGCCGUAAGAUAUGUAUUGUACUGUUGCCAUGUUACAGGAAACAUCCCAUAAGAUGUGUAUUGUACUGUUGCCAUGUUACAGGAAACAUUCCAUGAUAUGUAUUAUACUGUUACCAUGUUACAGGAAACAUCCCAUGAUAUGUAUUGUACUGUUGCCAUGUUACAGGAUACAUCCCAUAAGAUGUGUAUUGUACUGUUACCAUGUUACAGGAAACAUUCCAUAAUAUGUAUUAUACUGUUGCCAUGUUACAGGAACAUCCCAUAAGAUGUGUAUUGUUCUGUUGCCAUGUUACAGGACACAUCCCAUAAGAUGUAUAUUGUACUGUUACCAUGUUACAGGAACAUCCAAUAAGAUAUGUAUUGUACUGGUGCCAUGUUACAGGAAACAUCACAUGAUAUGUACUGUACUGUUGCCAUGUUACAGGAAACAUCCCAUAAGAUGUGUAUUGUACUGGUGCCAUGUUACAGGAAACAUCACAUGAUAUGUAUUGUACUGUUGCCAUGUUACAGGAUACAUCCCAUAAGAUAUGUAUUGUACUGUUGCCAUGUUACAGGAAACAUCCCAUAAGAUGUGUAUUGUACUGUUGACAUGUUACAGGAAACAUCCCAUAAGAUAUGUAUUGUACUGUUGCCAUGUUACAGGAAACAUCCCAUGAUAUGUAUUAUACUGUUGCCAUGUUACAGGAUACAUCCCAUAAGAUAUGUAUUGUACUGUUAGCAUGUUACAGGAAACAUCCCAUGAUAUGUAUUGUACCGUUGCCAUGUUACAGGAUACAUCCCAUAAGAUAUGUAUUGUACUGUUGCCAUGUUACAGGAAACAUCCCAUGAUAUGUAUUGUACUGUUGCCAUGUUACAGGAAACAUCCCAUAAGAUGUGUAUUGUACUGUUGCCAUGUUACAGGAAACAUCACAUGAUAUGUAUUGUACUGUUGCCAUGUUACAGGAAACAUGCCGUAAGAUAUGUAUUGUACUGUUGCCAUGUUACAGGAAACAUUCCAUGAUAUGUAUUAUACUGUUACCAUGUUACAGGAAACAUCCCAUAAGAUAUGUAUUGUACUGUUGCCAUGUUACAGGAAACAUCCCAUAAGAUGUGUAUUGUUCUUCUGCCAUGUUACAGGACACAUCCCAUAAGAUGUAUAUUGUACUGUUACCAUGUUACAGGAACAUCCCAUAAGAUGUGUAUUGUACUGGUGCCAUGUUACAGGAAACAUCACAUGAUAUGUACUGUACUGUUGCCAUGUUACAGGAAACAUCCCAUAAGAUGUGUAUUGUACUGGUGCCAUGUUACAGGAAACAUCACAUGAUAUGUACUGUACUGUUGCCAUGUUACAGGAUACAUCCCAUAAGAUGUGUAUUGUACUGGUGCCAUGUUACAGGAAACAUCACAUGAUAUGUAUUGUACUGUUGCCAUGUUACAGGAUACAUCCCAUAAGAUAUGUAUUGUACUGUUGCCAUGUUACAGGAAACAUCCCAUAAGAUGUGUAUUGUACUGUUGCCAUGUUAUAGGAAACAUUCCAUGAUAUGUACUGUACUGUUGCCAUGUUACAGGAUACAUCCCAUAAGAUAUGUAUUGUACUGUUGCCAUGUUACAGGAAACAUCCCAUAAGAUAUGUAUUGUACUGUUGCCAUGUUACAGGUAAUAUCACAUGAUAUGUACUGUACUGUUGCCAUGUUACAGGAAACAUCCCAUAAGAUGUGUAUUGUACUGUUGCCAUGUUACAGGUAAUAUCACAUGAUAUGUACUGUACUGUUGCCAUGUUACAGGAAACAUCCCAUAAGAUAUGUACUGUACUGUUGCCAUGUUACAGGAUACAUCCCAUAAGAUAUGUAUUGUACUGUUGCCAUGUUACAGGAAACAUCCCAUAAGAUGUGUAUUGUACUGUUGCCAUGUUACAGGAAACAUCCCAUGAUAUGUAUUGUACUGUUGCCAUGUUACAGGAAACAUCCCAUAAGAUGUGUAUUGUACUGUUGCCAUGUUACAGGAAACAUUCCAUGAUAUGUACUGUACUGUUGCCAUGUUACAGGAAACAUCCCAUAAGAUGUGUAUUGUACUGUUGCCAUGUUACAGGAAACGUCCCAUGAUAUGUAUUGUACUGUUGCCAUGUUACAGGAAACAUCCCAUGAUAUGUAUUGUACUGUUGCCAUGUUACAGGAAACAUCCCAUUAGAUGUGUAUUGUACUGUUGCCAUGUUACAGGAAACAUCUAAUGCAUCACGUCUGCACUAGCAGUAGUAGUGGUUUAUUUCAGUAAGUCAGGCCACAGGCCCAUUUUACAAUAUAUAUAUUCAAGCAUUCAAACAUGUUGCGCCACAAGUGCAUGUAGUAAUAUCAAUACUAAUCAGUACAAGGGUAUCUGAGACUAUAUACAUAUGGUGGUAGAAUUAGUAGUUUAUAUAAUGGACAACUGCUUGCUCCUCAUUUUAAGAGCAAAGAAUGUAAACUUGGCAAGAUUAUUGAUUUUGAAAGCAUUUCUGGUGGUAAAUAAGACCUUACAUUUAUGCUCUGACGGAGAUGUAUAAUAAUAACUUGGCAGAAAUUUUCUUCUAAGAUCGUCAUAAAACAGACAAACUAAACAAACAUGGUAUUCUGUUUCUACACUUGGAAUGAUACAAAAUGGACAAAGUCUUUCACACUUUGGAAUACCUAACUUUCUACCCUGUGAUACCAUAAUAUCACUGCUCGACGUGCGAAACUGUGAGAGAAUAAUCCUAAAUGCAGCAAUAUUCACAACACUUAAAUAAUUUUCAUAUUCAUUUGAUAGCUUAAUUGUUUUAUACAAAUAUAAUGAAGAUAAUUUGUCAAAAGAUUCAAAGAGACACUGGUUAUCAAUAUCAAUACAUUUUGUUCCAAAAGCGGAUAUAAAUGAAUGGAUACAAGAAACUGAUUGUCUAUUCCAAAUUUCACCAUAUCCAAAGGAAAAUAACAGAUUUUUAACCUUCAGUGCCCAGCAAUCUAGACCCUUUUCUGCCCGGUCAAACUGGUACACAUACGUGUGAUAUAAUAUACUGUUUUCGUUCUGAGUUAAUAAACGCAGCCAGUACUUAAUAAUUUUCAGAUGUUGGUUUACUUUUAAGGAGUAUCUCCCAAGUUCAGCUCUUGCUACAAUAUUAGGAACAGUUCUUCUCAGUUUCAAAAUAAGCUUGCAGAAUUUGUCAUGAACAUUUACAAUAUCUUUAGAGGGAAUGAAAUCCACUUAUCUCUGAGCCAUAUAAUAAUAUUGGCAGUACUUUAACAUAAAAAAUACGAAGUAACAUUUUCAGGGGAAGUUUGUGAAAAUUGUACAUAUGUGAUUGUAACAAUAAUAUUACCUUCCAAGCUUGUUGGGAUAAUAUCUUUUGAGUUUUAUACCAGGAACCCGAGCUGGAAAAAUGUACUCCAAGAUAUUUAUAACUGGGGACUAUCUCAAGAGGGCUGCCAUUAAGAAAAAACUUUUCAUAGCUUUUAAGCCUACCUGCCUUAUGAAAAAUAAUGAUUUUACUCUUGGUAGAAUUAACUCUUAAUUGCCACUUAUUGCAAUAAUCCACCAACUUAUCUAAACGUUUUUGUAACCCGAGAACAGUGCUAUCAAAUAGGAUAAUGUCAUCUGCAAAUAAGAGUAUGAAGAGAUCCAGCAAGUCUAAAUUAACACAGUAUUGCUUAUCCACACUCAAAAACUGUACUAUAUCAUUUACAAAAAAUGAAAAUAGGAAAGGUGACAACUGGCAACCUUGUCGUACACCAAAAGGACAGUCAAAGAAGGGAGUACAUCUAUUGUUAACCAAAACACAUGACUUCACAUUUUGAUACAUAUUAUUCAAAAGUCUAAACAUUUUCCCCUUUACAUUACCAAUCCACAAUUUAUAAAAUAAAGAUGGUCUAUGAACAGAGUCGAAGGCUGCUUUCAAAUCUAUGAAAGCACAAUAAAGUCUACCUUUAUAUAAUGAUAAGUAUUUCUGUAUGAUAGUAUCAAUUACAAAAACAUUAUCUACCGUUUGAAAACCUUUUCUAAACCCUGACUGUUCAGGAAUAAUAAAAUUUUGAUUUUCAGCCCAUUUAGAAACAUCUAAUAAUAUUUAUUGUAUUGCUGCUUGGUAAGAUGAGAUGUUUAUUGGCAUUAUGUCUGUGAUGUCUACAGCGUAUUCAAGAGGGUUCUUUUGUAACUUUUUCAUAACAGUUGCAUAAACGCCUUUGUCAAUAAGAGCUAGUACAAAAUAUUGUGCCAAUAAUACAGUUAAAAUGAUUAUGCCCUGUUUACCAUUUCCUUCAGUUACAAGUACACACAACCACACUAAUUCAUUGGAAAAUGUAAUAUAAGUUAUUGCACUAUGGAUAAAAGAAUAAUUCGUAAAGUCUGUAUGUUAUUGUUCUUGAUUGAAAAUGUGAAUAUUUUGCACAAAGGCAGAAGUUAUGUGCUUUCACCAGUUUUUUGUUGUUGGCACAACAGGAACUCGGAAUUGAGCUUCAGCUGUAGGAUGCAUUCUGGAAUGUCUUUAGUAUAAAUAAACAUUUGAAUCAUAA